AUGCUUCUUAGAACCCGAGGGAAAGCCACUUUGAAUAGGGUUAUUUGGGACGCAGAAAACCCGGAGUUCUGUAAUCUCCCAAGCUUCCUGUUUGGACAGUCUAUGGGUGGAGCAGUAGCCCUGAAUGUGCACCUGAAACAACCUGAUGCAUGGAAUGGUGCCAUUCUAGUUGCACCUAUGUGCAAAAUUGCAGAUGACAUGGUUCCGCCGUGGCUGUUGACACAAAUUCUAAUUGGUGCGGCGAAAAUUUUUCCAAAGCAGAAGCUAGUUCCACAAAAGGAUUUAGCUGAAGCAGCAUUCCAAGAUUCAAAGAAGAAAGAACUAACAGUGUACAACGUUAUUGGUUACAAUCAUAAACCGCGUUUGGGAACUGCUCUGGAGUUACUCAGAACCACCCAGGAGAUGGAACAUCAACUGGAAAAUGUCUGUCUGCCAUUAUUGAUCCUGCAUGGUAAGGCUGAUAUAGUGACAGAUCCAUCUGUAAGCAAGGCUUUGUAUGAGAAGGCAAGCAGUUCAGACAAGAAACUUAAUCUAUACGACAAUGCUUAUCAUUCACUUCUUGAAGGUGAGCCAGAUGAGAUGAUACACCGCGUGUUGGGCGAUAUUAUUUCAUGGCUUGAUGAGCGUAGUUAAAAUCUACACUGCUGCUUUUGAUUUGAAUUUUUUGUAAAGAAAGGAAAAGAUUGUUGUUGCAUACAAUCAAUCUUGUUAUGGCAUCUGAACUUUGUAUUUAUUGAAAAUUAAUGUAUUUCAUGUAAAUUUGUAUGAAAGAUUUAUUUGGAUCUGUUCUUGAAUUUGGCUAUUAUGAUUGAAUUUAAGUGUG